AUGUCUAAGGUUGAAGUGCCUCAAGGCCCAGUCGAGGCUCGAUCACUUUCGUCGAUCACUGCCAUCGCAUCCAAUCCUCCCGCCUACCCACGCAAUCCCACACACGAGAAGCUCGACCCGUUGGUGUUAUAUAUCGUGCGCGUGCCAGGAAGUCAAGAUAUAUUCCUUUCACCCGUCAAACCAGCUACCAAGUCGAGUAUCUCGGCUGAAGCUAUCAAUGCCUCACUUUACUAUCUACAUGUUGCGACGCCCGAGGAUGAGGCGCUGGUAGAAAAACUCCAGCAAGAGCGCGAGGCAGAGGCGCAGCAACGGAGGGAAGCUGGCGAGGAUGAUCUUGAGUUCUCGCGAAUGAAUCGCGUCCGCCGGAAGCCUGUUGGGGGAAUGGAGUCGGCGCAGGAUGAUGCAACCGGCUUGACUCAGAACCCUAUCGCAUCUCAAGCUCCUUUAAAUCCAGCACUUGCUAGGUCAUUAUCGCGACGACCUGUCCCUCUACCUGCUAUGCCUCAGGUUUCUGCUGAGAAUAUGUCCUUUUCUGGGACACCGGUAGCGAAGCCACAGAGCCUCGAACAAGCCAAAAAUUUUAGGAAUCACUCAAGAACCAGGAGUGCAGAUAACCAACAGCACCCGCUGCCUGCUCUUCCCCCCAGCGAGGAGCCAUGGCAUCAACCAUCUGAGGAUCAACCAAUAAAGACUAGCAGGUGGAAGGAGAGGUUCGAUACUAUGUCAGCUGGCCGUCACAGUCUCGAUUCUAACAGGCCACCACCGCCUCGAUUACCUCCUCGUAUGCCGCAGAGCCGUACGAACUCACCUCCAAGAUCGUCUCAAAGACCAAAAACUGCGCAGAACAACAAUGCAGGCUUCCAUAUCACGCUCAUUCGACGCGACCCCGCGUCUGGUACGCAAUGGAACGUCGCAACGAUAUCCACCCCGAGCGCAGACCGCAAUUCUAUUGAUAUUGAUAUUUCUACGCCGGGAUACAACAGAUUUGCCGGGUCAAAUGAGACCAUCUCACUGGCAAGCUUAGCAGCCAAUCUUCCUGCGGGGAUGAUUCGCACUUCUGGGCCUUUUGUAACACCUUCAGUAGCACCUGAAAGACCAACCGAACAAGCAGCAACCGGCCCACGGAAAUUCCACAGGCAACUCUGUGUCUCGAAACCUCUCGACGAAUUAGGAAUGCCUAUAGACUAUGGCAACGGCUACUCGCACGAUGGCUCCAAGCUGAAAAGCGGCUACUACGUCUUUAAAUCCCCGUGGAAUGGCAUCUGCACUUUCUCUAGCGGCGUCAACGGCCGCAGUCUAAAGUGCAAACACAUGAUACCCAGACACAGCCCGGUUAACGCAGAGAGCGAACCAAAUCCCGCAGUGACAGUAGCGGAAAUCCGAUUCAACCUCCCUUUGCAGGCAGCUAACCUCCACUACCACGCCGCACGAACCAAUCUCUCCCAUACAAAUCCCACCUUUACACACGACGGCCCCACUCAAGACCAAAACCCAAGCUCAAAACGUACAUCCCUGUCCCAAAUGCUUAACCCAAAUACCUACUCCCGACCCCGUUCCCACACAGGGCCUGGUACUCCUUUCACCUCAUCUGAAACUCAUCGUCACUUCGACCCAUCAGCUAUCCUCCGCAAAACAUCCCUGCGGGCAAGUCGCUUCGCACGCCAGAACCAACUGCCCGGUCACCGUCGCAGUACCAGUACUAGCAGUGGUGGACCUGAUUCGGAUGAGGACAGGAUGGACAUGUCACUUGCGAGGGAACUAGCAGGAGGAGGAUACCGAGGCUCUUCAGCUAAGCUAGGAAAGCUUUUAGUGCAAGAGGAGGGCAUUAAGAUGCUUGAUUUGGUGGUUUCGGCGUCUAUGGCAGUCUGGUGGCGCGGUUAUUAUUAUUGA